AUGCCGUCUUUCGUGUUGUGUGUGGAAAGUUGGGAUGAAUGGGUAAGUGUUGAUCGCCUUUUGAAAUACACUGAGGAGAAUGUUCUGAAGCAAGAUCAGCUUAAUAAUGAGCAUGCAACUGAGAGAAGUUCAAAGCCUGGUCGUCAAUCACAAGAUAACACUAAAAGCUCUGUGGGCUUGAGUGGCAAGGAACGGGAAUGUGAUAUCGAUGUGAAGGAGGAGAGUGUUGCACCAUGGGAAAAGCUUAUGAGCAUCCAAAUUCCGUCUGCCUUGAAGAAACAACUGGUUAAUGAUCAAGAAUGUAUAACUCAUCUGGGCCAGUUAGUCAAGCUUCCACGUUCUCCAAGCGUUUGUGAGAUAUUGAACAAGUAUUCUGAUUACCGGGUGAAGAAAGAUGGGGUAAUUGUUGAGACGGUUGUAGAGAUUAUAAGCGGACUCAGAUGUUACUUCGACAAAGCUUUGCCGGCAAUGCUCUUGUACAAAGAAGAACGUGAGCAGUACAAGCAAGUGAUUGCUGAUAACACUCCUCCUUCGUGCAUAUAUGGAGCCGAACAUUUUUUAAGGCUCUUUGUUAAAUUGCCGGAGAUGCUGUCGUCCGUGUAUAUCGAGAUGGAGACAUUUCAAGAUCUGCAACAAAUAUUGAUGGACUUCCUCAAGUUUCUCAUGAUCAACCGAAGUGCAUUUUUUAUUACAAACUACCAGAAUUGGGGUGGUUCGUUCACUGCUGUUAAGGAAGAAGAAAACUAG